AUGCGCGGAGCGACCAUCCUCAAGACAUCCGACGACAAAACCCGCCAACUAAACAAGCACACACUGCUCGCCUUCUCUGGCGAAGCAGGUGACACGGUGCAAUUCGCAGAAUUCAUCCAGGCCAACGUCGCGCUCUACAGCAUGCGCAAUGAAUCGGACCUCGGACCCAGCGCGGUAGCAAGCUUCGUGCGUGGGGAGCUGGCACGAUCUCUCCGCUCGCGGAAGCCGUAUAACGUCAACUUGUUACUCGGCGGCGUGGAUCCCAUCACCAGGGAGCCGAGUCUAUAUUGGUUGGAUUAUCUGGCCAGUAGUGCGAAGGUCCCAUACGCCGCGCACGGCUAUGCUCAAUACUACUGCCUCUCCAUCCUGGACAAGCACCACCACCCGGACAUUUCGUUCGAGCAAGGCAUGAAGAUUCUGCGCAUGUGCACGGACGAGCUGCAGCGGCGCCUGCCCAUUGAUUUCAAAGGCAUGACGGUCAAGGUGGUCAAGAAGGAUGGAGUCAUUGACAUCGAGUAUGAUACGAGCAAGCAGGUUUUGGCGGCUUGA